AUGAGCAGACCACUUAACGCUUUCUAUGACAGUGCCACAUUCUAUGAGAAGGUCGGAUGUAGCUCCAGGUUCUUUGGGAUUGCUACAGGAGGCGGUUUUACCGCCCCAUACCUUCUUUCCAAUAUUUGCACCGAAACCUGUUUGAGCGAUCUGAAGGCCUUGAAAGAAAAACAACUCUCUGUCUGCAGCAGUUCAGACUUUGUGGGGACAGAGGAUUUGAAGCUUCCUCCAACCUACGUUACAGACCUUCUCUUGUACACGUACCACUACUCCUGUGUGAGAGACCCAGCCACGAAACUUUUCUGCUCUCCGUACUUUUUCGACUGGAAUAGUAAAGAGAAUGCAACGUCUGCCGAGCUAUGCUCGGAUUGCAACCUGCUCGUUCAGCAGGCGCAUUUAGAUUCGCCUAUUGGAUACGAUGAUGAAUUGGCAAGCGCACACUCAUCCCUGGCGUCGUCAUGCGGAGUUGCCAAAUACCCAAUCACUUCUCGGCCUCCCUACAUUUUGAAUGAGGCAACGGCUGCAACGAUAACGGCUCCCCCCAACAAUCCUACUCAGACCGACUCCAUGUCGGCUUCUUCCAGCUCGAAAAUCCGCCCUGGUGCGGGAUACAAAAAGGGUCCUGGCUUUCAUAUGGACAAGCCAGUAGCUCAACGUUUCUCCAUCCAAGCUACCAACGCACAUGCCACAGCCGUACGCAUCCCAUACACCCCGAAACCUCUGCCUCUGGCACCCGGAACCGCGGAUUCCUGCAAGUCGUAUGAGCAAUAUAGGGGGCCCAUAUAUUUCUUCAGGGGAAAAAACUUGAAUGAGUUUGACAUUGACGAAUUUAUCUCGUGGAAUCCGUCCCUCUCUUUCGAUGAAGCCGACCCAUCCGCCUGUGCCAUCUCGCAGGGCUAUCGCUACUGCGUCAGCAAGCCCGAUACGACGGCAGGCAACUCCUCCAGUAUCGCUGCAGCCUCUUCCAGCAUAAAAACUUCUUCAGAGCCAGCAAUAAUCACACACUCCCCCGGUGAUGGCAGCGACAUGCAGAAGAAACUCGAGAACAUCUAG